UUCUUAUUGUUCCCAUAUAAAUGAACUCACAAUACAUCUACGUACUCUACUUUUUAGCUCACAACGAAGAUUUCGACAUACAAUGCACACGAGAAACAACUGUAGAUGUGACAAGUGGACUGGACUUCCCCUGCAAACCUCCUCAAGAGACUCAGCUGAACAUAGCUGACAUAUCCAAAAUGCCAAGUCGCCAAUCGGUUUUGAAACUCAACGCAACAAUUUCGAGCCUCAACAAACCAAGCACCAUGAUGACCAUCCGGGACACAGAGAGCGAAGUCAAGUCCUGCAGAAUAGGAGACCAAACAGGAAUGAUUCAGCUGUCCCUAUGGGACAAUCAGAUAGAUAUGGUAAAAAUUGGUACAACUUACGAAUUUACAAACCUGUCAACCAGAACAUUUAGUGGAAAAACAUACUUGACAACCACAAGAAACACAAAAAUUACACAACAAAACACAGCAGUUUUAUUGCCUACCACAUCAGACACAGAAGAUGUUGAUACACAAACAAACACAAUAACACAAACAAUAGAGGGCAGCACAAUUUCCAUGAAAAAACUGUGUCCUAAGUGUCACAGCACACAAUUAGACUUCAACACAAAGUUAAAUUUUCACAGGUGCACUACCUGUAAGAUACUGAGGAAACAGGAGAGUUACAUUUCAAAAUGUAAUGGCACAUUGAUUUUCAAGCUUGAAGAAAAUGAGCUGUCAUUGACAAUUGCAAAUUCUGUGCUGACUAGAUUCAUUAGAAAACAAAACACACAAUUCCUAGAUGCACAGGACAUUGAAGAAUUUCUUUUAACAUGUGGACCUGUGACUGUGACUUACACAGAUGAAAAUCAUGUCAUAGAAAUUAAUAAAUCAAUCAACACAAUUGAAGUCACCUCAACACAUGACAUAGAUGACGAACUUUGCACCGUCACAGAUUUAGUGUCAUUCUCUCAAACAUCAGAAUCAAAAGUACCAGGUGAUAAAAGAAAUUCUUUUCCUACACAACACAUAGAAGUAGAACCAAAACAAACAAAAACCCCCAAAGAUCACUAGACGUCACCAUGGUUAGGUGACCAAUCCCUUUAAGGCAC